GAUCAUCACGAUUUAUUAGAUACGAACCACUGGCAGAAUACUUCGCUUUGAAGAUCAUCGACAAGGGGCACACGAUCAAGGCCGCCAAAAUUUCAUUCAGGGAUGAGAUUGCUGCCAACCAAAGAACAACCCAUCCCCGCAUAACACCGCUGCUUUCUGCUUUCACACACCGAAAUCGAUUUUAUCUCUUGUUCCCUUGGGCUGACGGUGGCAGUCUCUUUGACCUAUGGGAAGAUCAUGACUUAUAUCAUGAUUCUACUGAGCAUUAUCCGCCUUGGUACUCGGUCCAAUGGAUGAUAGACCAAUGCUACUACAUAGCCGACGCCUUAGCCACGGUACAUGGCUAUGAUUCCCGAGAAGGGGGGCAUUCUUCCGAGGCGCAGCUUCAUCUCGAUAUCAAGCCAGAGAAUGUCGUCUGCUUCCGAAAGUCCCAGGGCGGCAAGGUCUCAUACGAUUUGAAGCUGACGGACUUUGGUCUAUCUAAGCCUUUUGAUCGGGGCUCUUCGAUUCGUCCGAAGCAGAAGGCCGAGACAAAGACAUACCGGCCGCCCGAAAGAGACCUUAAGGGAUCCACAGUGGAUGAGCCGUUCGACAUAUGGUGCUUGGGAUGCCUGUUUCUCGACUUCAUCACCUGGGCAAUAGAGGGGUGGGGCGGAGUCGAGAGCUUCCGCGAAAGCCGCCUUCUAGAGACAGACGAGGUCGAUGUCGACCCAGAGUUUCCCCCGGUACUGGAAGAUACAUUCUUCAAAAAGAGGGUGCAUCGAGGGGUAUGGUGGUGGCGGCCAAGAAGAGUUCCUCGGACGAUUGUCGCAGAUCUGAAGCCCUCGGUUAUUUCGCAAUUCCAACAUCUCCGCAACCAUGCACGAUGCACAAAGGACUUGGAAAGAUUUCUUACUCUCGUCCAGUCAAGAAUGCUGCUCAUCGACGGCAGUACGCGAGCAGCCUCGAAUGAGGUUCGAGAUAUCUUGCAGGCAUGGAAGCAGAGCUUCAAAGAGUAAAGUAGGGAGUCGAGACUCGGAGCGUCCAUCCGACUGGCGCGUUCAUGGACGAAUGGACCAAGUUCUUCCCUGGUGGUUCCGAGAUGCCUGCAAAUGCAAUGUGGAAGACCGGAUGCUGCAGCACCCCAACCUUGGAUAUGCGAGAUAUGGCAGAGACGUGGCACUCAAGGAUUGG